AUGCGCCUUGUCUACCGCGAUGCGCACGUAACGAUCAUUGCUGCAAGUGCACGGCGGGUGAGCGAGGGCUUCUUGCAAGAAAGGCCCGCUGCGCCCAUUACGGACCAUUCCACAUUUCUACGCGAUAUCACUCUUCCCUUCCUCUGUCCUCCGGGGAAGGGCCAUUCUGGUGAGCAUGUAGUGGGCGAACUCCGCGUCUCCCCGAUAUGGACGUACACCGAUCCGCCCGGGCAGCCAUCAGUGCAAUACAACCCAAACGUGGAGCCCGUCAAUGAUCGUGGAUGGUGCAUGCAGGAGUACUUCAUGUCGCCGCGCUCGCUGGUGUUUGCCUCCCACACCCUCCAAUUCCAUUGCCAGACUGCGGUCCAGAACAUCGGUAGUGCAUACCACGAUGAGGAACGAAGGGCGCGGCUACCUGAUGUGCUCUUUCUCCAGGACGAGGACCUGCAGCUCAUCGCUGAUCUGGGUGGGGAUGAGUGGCAGUUGCGCGAGGCGUGGCACAUGCUCGUGCGUGACUACACGCGGCGCUCAAUCACCGUUCCCGGAGACAAGCUUGUCGCACUUGGGGGCAUUGCAGAGGGCAUGCACCGCAUCUUCCGGACCCAGUACCUGGCUGGACUUUGGCGCGAUACGCUGCUUGCGGACUUGCUCUGGAGCAAGAGAGUCCGCUCAGAUAUCCCAAGGCCAAGAGAAUACCGAGCUCCCUCGUGGUCCUGGGCAGCC